AAUGCAUCACGAGACACAGUUGUUAUACUUUGAUUGUUGUAUUGUCAGGAGUUGUCGAGCGAGAUUCAUACUUCCUGGUCAAGCAUUCAGGAAAAAGUGAUUUUCGAAGCUUUUGUAGUCGUCUGUUUCAUGUUCGCUAGCCUACAAGCGUCACGUCACAAACAAUUGAGGGAUACGUUUUGGAAAAAGCAAACCAGUCACCGGAUUCAACUACUGUCAUCAUCGCAACUUGGACCAGAUAACGGCCGCCACUGCUAGCGAUUUCCUGUUCUCAACGUAGCUAGCUAGUUCGGUGAAAAACAUCGAACCGUGCAAAAUGACGGUGGCGGCUUCAAACUGGGGUUUGAUCACGAACGUGGUCAACAGCAUCGUUGGAGUGAGCGUGCUGACCAUGCCUUUCUGUUUCAAACAGUGUGGGAUAGUGCUGGGGACUCUGUUGCUGUUCUUCUGUUCGUGGAUGACCCACAAGUCAUGUAUGUUUCUGGUCUACACGGCCAGCAGCACCAAACGCAGGACCUAUGCUGGCCUAGCGUUCCAUGCCUACGGCAAACCAGGAAAAACACUGGUGGAGACCAGGUGUCAUUUGGUUUCCGUGUGCUGCUGCUGAUGGCGGUGUCUCUGUUCAUCGUGCUGCCUCUCAGUCUGCUGAGGAACAUGAUGUCAUCUAUCCAGUCCUUCUCUGCCAUGGCCCUCAUGUUCUACACAUUCUUCAUGUUCACGAUAGUCAUGUCUUCUCUGCGUUACGGCCUGAUCUCAGGCUCCUGGUUCGAGCAUGUUCAUCUGUGGCGGGUCAGGGGCGUCAUACAGUGCCUGCCCAUUAUCGCCACCACCUUCUGCUGUCACCCAUGGUGCUGUCCUCAUUCAAACACGGGCUACUCAGUGGCUUUUGGCUGGGGCGGGUCAGUAUGGUGCGCUGGGACGGCAUCUUUUGCUGCCUCCCUAUCUGUGGCAUGGCCUUCGCCUGUCAGUCGCAGGUGUUGCCUACCUACGACAGUCUGGACGAGCCCUCCAUCAAACGCAUGAGCACCAUCUUCACCACCUCCCUCAACAUCGUCACCACCUUCUACAUCACGGUGGGAUUCUUUGGCUACGUCAGUUUCACGGACGACAUAGCCGGUAACGUUCUGAUGAACUUCCCUUCUAACCCGGUGACUAAGAUGAUCCGGGUGGGCUUCAUGAUGUCAGUGGCGGUGGGCUUUCCCAUGAUGAUACUGCCCUGUAGACAGGCAAUCAACACCAUGCUGUUCGAACAACAGCAGAAGGAUGGGACGUUUACUGCAGGGGGGUACAUGCCUCCAAUGCGCUUUAAGAUGAUCACCUUCGCCAUCGUCUUCGGAACCAUGCUGGGAGGCAUCCUCAUCCCCAAUGUGGAGACCAUCCUGGGUCUGACUGGAGCCACCAUGGGUUCCCUCAUCUGCUUCAUCUGCCCUGCCCUCAUCUACAGAAAGAUCCAGAAGAAUGGACUCACCGCACAGUUGGUGUUGUGGGUUGGCUUAGGCAUCUUGCUGGUCAGCACCUUCACCACGGUGUCAAUCUCAGCCAGUGACUUCACCCCCAAGCAUGCCCCUCCUCCCCCUGCAGCUGACAAGAGUGCCAUCUUGAGAGUCCUUCCUGACAUGGCUGAUUUACUGAACGCAGUAGAGAAGCCGGUGGUAGCAAAACAGCCUGAGGUGAAGCCUGUGUUGGUGGAGAGGCAUAAGGCCCCUGCUGCUUUAGAGCCAGUCGAUCCAGUAGAGAGACAGCAGGAACAGGCUGAGCCCCCCCAGAUCAAAGGACCUGAACAAGGAAUUCCAGACAGGAAGGAGGAGGAGGAAGUGCAGCUGGACCGCCCUGAUGCAGGUGUGGCGGUACCUGACGGGGAGGCCCAUCGGCACGAGCCGCCCAUCCCCCAUGAUGAGGUCCAGAUAGAGAAGAGGAAGAAUGACGCAGAGCUGGAGGAGGAGAACCAACCUGCAGCGGGAGGAGAAGAGUCUGAGGGUCAGGGAGUGGCGGACCAGGAAGAGGUGAAGAAUAAAGAGGGAGGAGAGGAGGAGGAGAAACUUCCUUUGUUGGUGAAAAAGGUGGAAGUGGGAGGAGCCGAGGUGCAGUCCAAUGCGGUGCUGGAGAAGCCUGACCCGGGGGCGAGGAAGAAACAGGAAGUCCCAACCCUAAAGCAAUUGGAGAAAAUUGCCCCAAUGCUUGUUGGGAAGGAUGUGGUGGCUGAGCAGGCGCUGGUUGAUGCGGCCAAAGCCCCAGAGGUUGCUGGGAAACGUGAGCCGGCGGCCCCAGUUGCUGAAGCAGUGGUUCCCGUGGCAGCAGAGGGGGCUGCUGUUCCAGAGGUUAAGGAGAGAGGAGUGGAGGACAAGAUGGAUGUGAUAAAAAAGCUGGUUGCAGAGGGUCAGUUGGACCAUGCUGCUCUGCUGCAGGUUAUAAAGGAGCAGCAGGAGCAGCAGAAGAGACUGUUGGACCAGCAGGAGAAACUACUGGCUGUCAUACAGGAACAGCACCAGGAGAUGCACCCCAGAAAGACCGAUGGAGCUUCAGAGGCCGAUGCAGAGAAGGGGGUCCAGGAGGAGGGGGGCACAUCUAAACCCAAAGACCCAGCUCAAGGUGGUCCUGCCCUGGCCUCAGACACCAUGGAGCCUGGGGAGCCCGCUGGAGCUCCACAGGCCAGAGGGGCCGAGCCUCACAUCCAGCCCCACAAUGAGGUCCUCCCUGUGGAGAAGAGUGCAGAAGAGCAGGUCUUCAAAGUGGUUGCCUCUGUUAUUGCCAAACAAGAAGGUCUUCUGGAGGUCCCUAAACGGCCCAUUUUGGCUGAGGCAGCAAUCGUUGCAGAGGUGGAGGCCCCUAGGGAGAGGGACUUUGGGGCUAGGGGAGUACCGCUUGGUCAGGAGGUGACAGAGGGGAUGAAGGUAGAACCAGCCCAGCUGCCACCUGCUAAAGCUGAGGAUGGGGUAGUUAAAGGAGGGGUGGAGGUAGUGGACAAGGUGAAGGAGAGGAUAGAGAAAGAGAGACUGGAGGAAGUGAGGAUUGAUAGAGCGGUGCAGGGGAGGGUGGAGGAGGAACGGUUGGAUAGGGAGAGGAGGGAGAAACUGUCGAGAGAGCAGGAGAUCGAAAACUCCAGAGUAGAGAAGGAGGGAAUAGAGAAUGAGAGGCUGGAAAAGGAGCGAGCAGAGAGGGAGAGAGCGGAGCGAGGGAGGAUCCAGUGGGAGAAGAUGGAGAGAGUGGAGAAGGAGAAUAAGGACCAGGAGCAGAAGGAGAAAUUGGCACAGCUGGAGAGCACCAUCAAGGCCCGGGAGGAGCAGGCUCUGGCUCCAGCUGGGCCAGGACCUGUCAAACCAGGAUUAGGAGAAGAACUAGGGGCUGUGAAGAAGAGUGGACGGGACCUGAAGGCGAGGGCGACCGUCCAGUCAGACUCCAGCGAUGUUGUUGAAGAGAAGACCCACAAAGGCCAGGACCAGGGGGUCCAGGAGAAGGCCAAGGACCAAGGAGACAUGGACCUGAGAAGGAGGAGGAGAGCCCUGGGGGUAGGAGGGGUAGGGGAGGCUGGGGGUUCCAGGAGGGGUGUGCCGGGGCUGGAGCCCUUCUUGGACAUGGGGGUGGGAUCUCCAUGCAGCCCUGGAGGCACCGCCACUCGGGGGAGCACUGGUACACACACGCCAGAUAAAACAGACCUCUGAGCUUGAGAGAGACGAGUAACUGGGAGAGUUUUUUAAAUUUAUUUUACCUUUAUUUAACUAGGCAAGUCAGUUAAAGAACAAAUUCUUAUUUUCAAUGACGGCCUAGGAACAGUGGGUUAACUGCCUGUUCAGGGGCAAAACGACAGAUUUGUACCUUCUCAGCUCGGGGGUUUGAACUUGCAACCUUCCGGUUACUAGUCCAACACUCUAACCACUAGGCUACCCGGUAUACACGCACAUGAAUACGGUAUAACAUACACUCACGGACAGUUGGGUUGGACUAUGCAAAUCCCUGUAUUUACACAAACACUCGCAUAUAGUUGGUUAGAAUGUGCACACCCUAUUCUCUCUCUCACACACACACACAUGUACAGUUGGUAGUUAUACAGGCGUUCAUACUAUUCACAACACACAUUCUUUCUCUCCCACACAGUCAUGUUCCAUGGAUCACACUCUGCCUUACCGCCUGUCUUCAUAAUACCUGACCAGUACAGGAGGAUUGUGAGUGUGUGAGGUGCAUUGAUUGUUAUAGGGAACAUUCUGGCUGCGUUAACACAGGCGACCCAAUUCUGAGCUUUUUACCAAUUAUUGGCAAAAGAUCUGAUUGGUCAUAAUACCAUUUAUUGGCUGAAGAUAGAUCAGCAUUGGGCUGCCUGUGUGUCUUCAUUUGACCCUAGUCUGUGUUCUUCUACCAAAUAGGAAUGUUUUUUUUUAGCAUGCUCCUUCCAUGAUUCCAGAAGACAUUGCAGAUAUAGUGAUGAUAAAGAUAUUGUAGCAAUGAUCAAAUAUAUUGUAGACUAUUCUAUAAUAAUAUGCUGUAUUAUGCUACCAUAAAUCUAUUUAAAAUCUAUUUAUGUAAAUAUUAACUUAUUUUAGUUUUUUUUAUUAAGAAGCUCAAUGCUCUACUGUAAUGUAUGUUAAGCUAUGCAAUACCACAUGCCAAGUUUCCUUUUGUCCUGUGUGUUUGAGAGAGCAAUGCACCACCUAUCCGACUAUCCAAUGGCUGCGUUUGAGUCACUUUAAAUCCCUUGAUACUU